AGGAGAUGUGUCGCAUUGUGCGCCACCCUUUGAUCUGUAACACUAUACUUACACACACACACACACUGAGCUAACUUCUUCCCUGGAAAGACUUGACACCUACUGAUGGCACUUUUAAGCAUGCAGUGCAGAGCAAAUGUUCAAAACAAGUGUCUAUUUCUUUCAGAGCACACAGAAUCAUGAUGUGGUUACAGUGUUACCUUGAUUUACAAGGUACUCAACUUGUGAGCUUUUUUAAGAUGGGAGCCAUCUCCUGUCUUAUUUUGCGUGUGCCUUGAUUUGUGUGCACAGAUCAGAGUUGCAAACGAUAGAUAGUGGUGAUGAAUUUCACUAAAAGAAAAGAGAUACGCAGAUUUCGACAGGUCUCUAGGACUAGACUGUAGAGGUAUCGACCUGUUACAAACAUUCCACCAUCAUAAUGGUCCCAAAAAAGCAGCAGUCUCAGGUCUCAAUGACUACAGGCCUGUUGCCUUGACAUCUGUGGUCAUGAAGUCCUUUGAACGCCUUGCGCUGGACCACCUCAAGAGCGUCACAGGUCCCCAACUGGACCCACUGCAGUUUGCCUAUCGAGCUAACAGGUCUGCGGAUGGUGCCGUCAACAUGGUUCAGCGUCUCCCCUGCCAUCUCCAAGUGGAUCUAGAACUUCCUCACAAGCAGGACACAACAGGUGAAGCUGGGGGACACCACCUCAUCCACGCGUACUAUCAGCAUGAUGACACCACAGUCAUUGGCCUCAUCAAAGGCAGCGAUGAGUCUGUGUAUCGACAGGAAGUGGCAAGACUGGAGCUUUUAGUGUGGUCAACACAACCUGGCAUUGAACACACUAAAGACUGUAGAGAUGAUUGUGGACUUCCGGAGGCAUCCCUCACCACAGUUACCCCUGACGCUGUUCAACUGUUUUGUGUCAACCGUCGAGACCUUCAAGUUCUUGGGAAAUAUAUUUUCAGAGGACCUAAAGUGGGGAGGAACAUCAACUCCAUCCUCAAAAAACGCCCAGCAAAGGAUGUACUUCUUGUGGCUUCUGAGGAAGCACGGCCUGUCACAAGAAGUGAUAAAACAGUUCCACACAGCGGUUAUCCAAUCAGUACUGUGUACCUCUAUUACACUCUGAUUUGGGGCUUACAGGACAAACUCUGACUGAAACAGACAAUUAAAUAUACUGAAUGGAUUGUCAGCACCACCCUACCUACCCUUGAAGACUUGCAAGCCACUAGAACGAGGACAAGAGCAGGCAGAAUCCUUUCGGACCCUGCACAUCCUGGCCACAGCUCUUGCAGCUUCUUCCAUCGGGAAAGCGCUACAGCUCAAUGAAAGUCAAAAGUAGUAGGCAUUCAAACAGUUUAUUCCCUCUUACAAUUUAGUCAUUAAAUUCUUGAUCAGUGAAUGUACUAUUUUCUGCCUUGCGCCAUUGUUGGGACACACCCUCACAUCCUGCUGCUCCAGUUAGUUUUAGUAAUAUAUACCGUAGACUAUCACAUGACUCAUCAAUUUAAACUGCUCCCUUUGCACAAUUCUCAUUGCACUGGUCUAUAACUGAACCGUGAAUGGGUAAGGGCAUUGUGUACAAGCUUAACAUAAUGUGGGGUGUUGACGCACUCUUCACUGCUGUAAAUGAAAAAGACUGCAUCUUACACAAUUGUGACUCUUAUAAGGAAUAGUUCCUAUUAAUUGAAUGUCUAUUGUUCUUUGUUCGUGUGAGUUUGUUUGCUCUUCUUCUCAGUACUCAACAUGAAUGGUGUACCAGGGCGGCACUGACUGCCAGAGAUAAAUUCCUUGUGUGUCAUUACAUACUUGGGUAUUAAAUCUGG